CCUGCCUGCAUGUGGCCCAUUCCAAUCGUUAAUCCUUGGUACCGAAUGGGACCUGGGACCCGGGACAUGUUCCGAGGAGACCGAGCAAGGGAAUGGGAAAUCUCUUCAUGCUGGUGGGACCAUGGCCACGGAAUUUCCUGUGAAAAUCCUGCCGGCCGGUCUUUUUUUCUUUUGGAGGACUCGUAUUGGUCGACUUCAUGUGUACCCCCGAGCGAAGGAGGCGCAUCCCCAUCAGGGUAAUGUUACCUGUGUCCCUGAUGCUGAUUGGUCACGAGUCACCCGAAUGUGCAUCUUUUUUUUUCACGCCGCUGUUCCAUGGAAGAUCGAGGCCAAGCACGGCACGAAACCGAUGCGCACAGUAAAAGUAGCAAGGUCGAAACGAAUGGCAUCGCGUACGGUAGCGAUGGUAAAGUCUCGUCGUCGUUGAUCGUGUAUCAUCAAACAGAGAUGUGGAGUCUUCCUGGAAGAUCAUCGCCAUGAUUGUCCCGUCCCACGUUCAGCCCGAAAUAUACCCGUUCGUCACCAGCGCAGUCCAGUGCAGUGCCGUGCAGUGCAGUGCCCGAGCCUGCACCUCCGUGAUGGAAUCUUGCGCAUUCUCUCCACUUCACCUCAUCGCCGCUGGCGGGUUCAAAGUGCAGCCUACCGUUCUUCGCUCGGCUGGAACGCUCAUCGAUCACGAAUGCAAGACGACUACUGUAUACCCAGGUAGCAAGGACAAAGGGAUGGCCGCUCGGCUUGCACAUGUGCACGACAUGGACUGGUCAGUCGCCACGUUUGCUUGUGACCACAGGCCAUGCUCUCGGUCCUACACACCUUCCUCGCCUGCUGUGCUGCUGCUCCCGCCGCUCCUGCGUCGCCGACAAUGCGGUGGAUCCAUGCACGCCUCGUACCUUCCUUUCCAGUCUCGUCUAGCGACUUCAUCAUUCCAAGGUAGUUUCGACGGAUUGGAUGACAGCGGACAGGCCGACAGGCCACGACUUGUGGGCAACGUAGCGAUUCAUCCCUCGUCAUAUUACACGGGACCGACAUGACGAUGCGCAGCAAUCGGGCUCCAUGUUGGGCUUGUGAUCUUCGACAACAUUACAUCAGCGCCAGGUCAACGGCUGGCCAUGUGCGUAGUCUCCUGUGCGUAACCACUGCUCGUCGUCGAUGCUGGCGUUGUCAUCGAUUCCUCUCUGUGGUGAGAUGGGAUACCGUUUAACAGGUCUGAUGCGAGGCCAAGAAUGAUGGGCAGGAAAGUGGGGACUGCAUAAAGAGAGUCUGUCCAGGUGGAGCACCGUUGACUGAUCUCCGGGCCAUUGCGACGGCGGCUGGGAGGCCGUGAAUGAAGGGACUCAACUACCGAAGCAAUCGACUCUGUCGUUGCAGCACGGCUUGCAUGCCCGGGCCCACCGAGAGGAUCACGGCAGCCAGUCCAAGACAGUCCAUGACAGGACAGGCACGACAGGGUGGGAUUGUUGGCGUGCAGGAGGUAAUUAUCAAUACUGUGAUCAGGUAUGCGUGUA